CACAAAGUGUCACUGUCAAAUCGAUAACAAAAAAAAUCCAAGUGGCGUGUAUUUAAAACGUUUUGUAGUUUUUAAUCAAGCGUUUCAUCAUUAAAUCAUUAUUUAUUUUGUUUUAUUCACAAAAUCAUCACUGAAUUAUGGCUCUCGUAAAACCAAAAUCCGAACUAACCCCCGAGGAAUUGGCUCGCCAAGAAGAGGAAGAAUUCAAUACUGGCCCGCUGUCCGUCCUCACUCAAUCUGUGAAGAACAAUACUCAGGUCCUCAUUAACUGCCGCAACAACAAGAAGCUCCUAGGACGCGUUAAAGCUUUCGAUCGUCACUGCAACAUGGUCUUGGAGAAUGUCAAGGAAAUGUGGACAGAAUUGCCGCGUACCGGCAAAGGUAAAAAGAAGGUUAAGCCAGUAAACAAGGACAGAUUCAUUUCGAAGAUGUUCUUACGCGGUGAUUCUGUAAUUUUGGUUCUGCGUAAUCCUCUGGCAACAGCAGCUGGAAAGUAAGAAACAGAAAGAAAAAUACAAAGAGGCACCUGAAGUGCACUCGCUUUAGAUUUUAAGAUAAUUAACUAAAUACUUUUUUCCUCUUCUUUUGUAAUAAAUAAAAUAUCAUUAACAAUA